CUCAAAUCAGAGCUGCCGGAUGGUUGGAGGUAUAGACAAUCGUUAGAGGAAUUUUAAUUGAUUUAUUUAUUGGGAUUGAAUUAACAUCAAUGGCACCUGUCUGUCUGGUAGCGCCGUCCGAAGCGUUGUUUCUGCCUUGAAUUCGCAUAUCGAUUUAGCCAAACAUUUUCGAAGGAAGCGCAAAAAAAUGCACACCGCUCUGUGGGGAGUCAAAUGAAAGGUGUUCUUUUUAAUCAGGAGAAAAACCGACACCAUGGAGUUACCUAUACAGGUGGCUGUGCGUAUUUUCCCGUACAGUGAGCCAAAGGAACGAAAGAAGACUGACAAUCUCGAAAGCGACAAGGAGGUGCCAGUCAGGGAUGAGGAGGGGUCCAAGGACAAUAGCGAGAGGCCCGAAGACAAGUCCCCCGAGGAAGCGCCCGCCGACGAAAAGCCCCAGGAAGUGCCAGAUGAGAACGGAAAUUCUGGGGAAGAUGUUCCUCCCAAACCCCAGACCAAGGCGGAUGCCAAUGGGAAUGAAGGUGGCAUGAGCGAGUCCAAUGAGGCCCAUUACUGCGUUCAGGCAAUUCCUAUUAGCUCCUCUUUGGGGUUGCCCAGUGCUGUGCCGGGAGGAGAUCCAAUAGAUAACAUAGCGGCCGGGCUCAUCCAGGUGGGCCCUCACUCGGUGCCCGUAACCCACGCCUUGGAUAGCAACUGCAGUCAGCGGCAGGUGUAUCACCAGACCGUCCAACCACUAAUAAGCUUGUUCCUGGAGGGUUUUGACGCCUCUGUCGUCACCUAUGGACAGCGGGGUCAGGGCAAGACCUACACUCUGUAUGGGACGGUUUACGAUGACUCCCAGAAUGACGCCGUGGAGGGAGUGGUUCAAUUAUGCGUGAGAGAUAUAUUUGCCCACAUAUCUUCACACCCAGAACGCACAUACGCCGUCAACGUUGGAUUUGUUGAGAUUUGCGAGGGGGAUGUGUGCGACCUUUUGGGCAUUGGCAAUGUACACUGCACCAAUGUGGACGCGGUGUUCCGCCUGCUGCAGGUGGGAUUCGUUGCACGCCACUCUGCGCCUGCGCACACGCUGUUCACCGUGACACUGGAGCAGCAGUGGGUGUCCAAGGAAGGACUGCUCCAGCAUCGGCUAUCCACGGCUAGCUUUUCGGACCUGUGCGGCACGGAGCGCUGUGGCGAACCGCCACCUGGUCGACCCCGGGACGACGGCUUGCACAUGCUGGAGCAGGUUGUGUACACCCUCACUGAUCCAGAUCGAAUGUAUGCUGUAAACGGAAACAUUCCCUAUGGCGAGACCACUCUUACAAGCUUGCUGAAGGACUCGUUUGGAGGUAGAGCUCAGACGUUGGUGCUGCUGUGCGUAUCGCCACUGGAGGAGCACUUGUCGGAAACAAUGGGCAACCUGCAGUUCGCCUUUAAGGUGCAGUGUGUACGCAACGUCGUGAUAAUGAAUACGUUUUCUGAUGACAACACUAUGAUCGUGAGGCCGCCAGAUCCGCAACUGCAAUCCCUACACCAUCCUGGGGCAGGACCACUAGCUCAGGCUGCACCAGGUGAUAAUUUUGGACUGCAAUUCGCGGCCAGUCAGUGGUGCAAGCUGGUUUCCAAUGCAGAGGGGCUGUUCGCAAAAUUAAUAGAUUCAAAGCUGAUUAGCGAAGUGGAAAAGGAACAAAUUGCGGAGUGGAUGUUCCUGAAACAGGAGUGCGAGGAAUGCCUUAGCUCCACGGAGGCCAUGCGCCACCAGCAGCCAUUGGUGCCCAUACAGGAGGCUGAGGAGCCGGAAGAAAUGGACAUUUUAGAGCAUGGCAACACCGAGCCAGCCAACUCGGAGGCAGCCAAUUCGGAUGCAGUCAAUUCAGAAGCAGCCAAUUCGGAGGCGGCUAAUUCGGAUAAUGAGAACGACACGGAUAACGAGUCGCAGCGUCCCGAUUUUGCAGACAAGCUGGAAGGUCUCAAAGAGGAAUUCCGAGCCAAGACAGAUGCCCUGAUUUUGGAAAAGUACACCGAAUAUCUGGCCAAGCACCCCCAGGCGGUGAUGCAGAGUCAUGACCAAGACACCGAGCCAAAACUGCAGGCUGAGCAAAGCGAGGACAGGAAGACCAGCAUAGGUGGUCGCAGGAGAAGUAUUCAACCAGGUGCCAGCUUGAGCACAUCGGAACUAGCUAUGCUAAGUCGCGUGGCUGCCCAACAACCAAACCCACCCAGUGAAGGCGAGCCGUUUGUCGAUCCUCUGGAGAGUUCGUCGGGCGAGGGGCUGCGUAAAGCAGCAUUGGCCGUCGCAAACUCGCCUGUGGAACAACUGCAGAAGAAGUUGCGCAAACUAGGAGCUGAGAUCGAGGGGCGCGAAAAGCAGUUGCACGAGAUCCAGAAAACUAUGAAGGUGAAGCAGAACAUUAUUGGCGAACUGGUGAAGAACAGCGACACGCGCAGCCACGCCAAGCAGCGCUUCAACAAGAAACGAGGCAAGCUGGAAGCCGAAUGCGAGAAGGCCAAGAAACACCUGGGCAAGGCACUGGUGCAGGGCCGCGACCAGGCAGAAAUCGAGCGAUGGACCUCGGCUAUCGCACACCUUGAGCGGCGCUUGGAAGACCUGAGUUCCAUCAAGCACAUUGCCGGCGAAAGCGGCCAAAAGGUGAAGAAGCUGCAGCAGUCUUUGGCCGAAUCCCGAAAGCAGGCCGAAGACCUGGAGAAGAAGCUGCGAAAGGAGGGAAAACUGCGCGAUCAACUGGAGGCGGAGUUGACGAAACUGCAGCAGCUGCAGGACAAGGGUAAGGAGCCGUGCAAGGAGCUGGUAAAACCGGCUCUAGAUGGCCCCGAACAACAGGGCCGGCAAUUGAAGGCUGUUCAGGCGAGGAUUACGCAUCUCAAUCAUAUUCUGCGCGAGAAGUCGGACAACUUGGAAGGGCAACCGGGACCGGAACAGCAGGAGAGUCUGCGGCACGAAAUCCGCAACCUGCGCUGCACUAGAGACCUGCUUCUGGAGGAGCGUUGUCAUUUAGACCGAAAGCUUAAGCGAGAAAAGGUGUUGACCCAAAAGGAGGAGCGCAAGCUGUUGGAGUGCGACGAGGCCAUCGAGGCAAUCGACGCGGCCAUCGAGUUCAAAAACGAACUUAUCUGUGGCCACCGCUCCAUCGAUACCAGCGAGCGCCUGCAACGCGAAAAAGGUGAACAGAUGCUCAUGGAGCGUCUAAAUCGUCUUUCGGAAGAUGAGAUGCGCACCCUGUUGUACAAGUACUUCACCAAAGUGAUCGAUCUGCGCGACUCCUCCCGUAAGCUGGAGCUGCAACUGAUACAGCUGGAACGGGAGCGCGAUGCCUGGGAGUGGAAGGAGCGGGUGCUGUCCAAUGCGGUGCGUCAGGCUCGCCUCGAGGGCGAGAGGAAUGCCGUCCUGUUGCAGCGCCAACACGAAAUGAAGCUCACUCUAAUGCUGCGACACAUGGCCGAGGAGACGUCCGCCAGUUCGGCUAGCUAUGGAGAAAGGGCCCUGGUCCCCAAAACAACUUCAACCACCGCAGCGGCUAGCAACUACGAGAUGGACUUCUACAAGGCAAAUAGCGGAAACCACGGCAAGGCUAUGGUGAAAGCUUCCAAGCCGAUGCCCACCGGAGCGGCUCUGGACAAGUACAAGGACAAAGAGCAGCGCAGCGGUCGCAAUAUCUUUGCCAAGUUCCAGGUGCUCACCAGAUACGCUGCGGCAGCGGCUGCGGGCUCUUCGGGCUCCACUGCGGAAGAGUCUACUGCUCUGAUCGAGUCUAGCACCACAGCCACGGCCACCACCACGACCACAACUACAACCACUGGAGCGAUUGGAAAGGUGAAGGACAAGGCCCUGAUUAGCUUCAAGCCGGAGCAGCUCAAGCAACUUAUGCCACCGCCCACAGCUACAAAAGUGACGCGUCAGAAGAACAAGAUUAUCAUCCAGGACGCCAGCCGCCGUAAUUGAAUUCGAAUUUAAAACUUUCCUCAAGUAGCGACCGGAACCAAGUCCCUACUACAACAAUUUGCGCGAAUUUUUUGUCAGAAUUUAUAUUUUUAAGAAGCAACUGUCAGGUUUUCAGAAUAUCCAGAUUUAUUUGUGUACAAAAAGCACUCCCAGGACACAACCUGGGUCCAAGUACUGAAGAACUUUCAUCCACAGUCAU